GCGGCCGCGCACAAGCACAAGCGCGAACAUAAGCGGGCGUGACGGCGCCCGUCGGGCGAUCUAGAAUCCGGGAUCUCCGUCGCCGAUCGCCAAUCCAUUCCGUGUGUCGUGUGUGUCCCAGCCUCCCAGCCACCCAGCCUCCCAGCCUCCCAGCUCCUAACCGCGCUUCACGGUCAUUGAUGAGAUAGUCGUGUACGAACCGCGGGACGCGGUAAAACGUUAGGAUAGUUUGGCGUUGCGCGUGGGCCGCUUAGGCCGAAAAUGGCGGAACGGACAAAGGUAACUGCUCCGGCCACCCGGCCCGUUCCCAUGAAGCUGUUCGCUACCUGGGAGGUGGAUCGUACUCCUCCGAAUUGCAUACCUAGGCUGUGUUCCUUGACGUUAACGCGUUUAGUUAUACUUCGACCCCUCGGCUCGGAUUUGGCGUCCAUCAGCAUCGCAGUCAAGAUGCAAAGCUCCAAGAGGACCCUGCGUUCCAACGAGAUGGCUAUACCAACCGGAGGAAUACUCGAUACGGAAUUGGAACUGCAGUUUGCGCUUCAAUAUCCCCAUUUUCUCAAGAGGGACGGUAACAAACUCCUGAUAUUAUUGCAGAGGCGAAAACGAUACAAGAAUCGCACGAUGCUCGGAUACAAGACCCUCGCAGAAGGGAUCAUUAAUAUGGCGCAAGUGCUGCAGAAGCAAAUGGAUCUCGAGCUGGAACUCGUAUCGGACAAGGCGGAGAAAUACGGCGGACAUUCGGUCGCAUUGGCACGCGUGAGCGUUGUCGCUCUUAGCUCUCAGCCGGUCGACCAUGAUAAGAGACUGAUGAACGAUCCCAACGAAAGACUCUGCCCGGAAUUUAGUGAUGAAGAGGAGGAAUUUAGUUCGGAAGGCGAGGCGGAGGGCAGCGACAGCGAGCCUACGUUGGAAGUACAUAGGCGAAAGAAUCGCGGAAAAAUCCCAACGAAUGCCAGGCAAAGAAAUUUGAAGCAAAAAUUUAUUGCUCUGCUGAAGCGAUUUAGGGUAUCCGAGGAAUUGGAGCAUGAUCAAGAAGAAAUCGGUCAAAAACUUUCAGGCGGUGAUAUGGAGAUAGAAGAAUUGUUCGACGAACUAGAGGACUUAUCGGAUAGUGGACCGGAAUUGGAUACCAUGUCUGUUAGUAGUACACCAAAGCCCUCGCUAAGACCGUUUUUCAGUUCCAGUCGAUCCCUUCUCGCGCCGCCUCAUUCUGUAGUAACCAGCGAGGGCACUGGAAUUAUUUCGGCGACUACCACGUGUCAGCAACCAGCGGGUCAGCCGACUAAAGAGAAACAACGUAUCGGACACACAACUCCAGAGCGUGGAGUGGAUAGACAGAGCGAUGACAGUUCUCGAAGAGCCGACAGCGAUUCUCAUCCUGAGAACUGGACGGAUCACGAAGCAAACGAUCCGCCGAAUUACAUAGCGGGUUCGCCGCCAAAAUCCGAGCAGCCUAACAAGAGCGAAAGUUCCGAGAGAAAAAACAGACUCUUCGCGCGCGACAGAGGAACGCCGGGUAGUAAUAAAUCCAAGAAGCACAGUCUGAGCGUUGAUCUGAAACCCUCGGCCGAUUUAAAUAACACAGAGCCGAGAAAAGCUUUAGUCGAGCAACUAAGUCGUAUAUUACCAGAUGAUAGUUUACCGGAAGCUGUGUCGCUCAUAUCGAUAGCAGAUCCAGGUGGUGCGGUCCUUGCCGCGAGACUACAAGAGAGAAACCACAAAGUCCUGACGACCGUCUCUCCAGCUGACAUUCGCGCAACAUUCACGUGUUUGGUCACGCGAAUCCAAAAAUUCUGCAACAGUUCUGCGAAACCACCCGCGCCCAUCAAGGUAGUCAUCGCCGGGGGAGACAGUUUCAUAAACGCAGUUCUUCGUCACUAUGUCGACUUGCUGAGCUUUAGAUCGCCGGAUUGGCAGAAUUACAUGAAAUUUUUAGUAGUGCCGCUCGGUUCGAAUACAUUAACAAGAUAUCUCAGCUCUAUCGAUUCCAAGUAUUCGAUGCUCUUCGGAGACGAGUGGAAAGAGCUUUUGGAAAGGGAAGGUGGCGGCUCAAUUGAAGGCGCAGCGCGAGUAUCGGAAUAUCUGGCCACAGCGAAUACAGUUUUAUUAUUACCUAUAGCAGAAGCUAUGGUAACAUACAGGGAAACGGAUGAUAGCAGUCAAAUCUUCAUUCCCUUUAUAAAUGACGUUCGCGUGGGUUGUCCGGACAGCAGUUCUUCCGCAUCGGUCGAUCUGGAGGAGAGUAAUGUUAGUAUGUCCGGUUCUCCACCUUCCUUACCUCCUCCGACUUUGCCGGUUCCACCUCCAGGGAAAUUAACACCACCCAGCAGUCCUAACGUGGGCCAACCGAGAGAAGGAUGGGAACCAGUCGAGCUUCAACUCGAUUAUUGGGGUAAACAGACUCAAGGCGAGAAGGGAAAGAGCACGUUACGUCAGGCUUUCAGAGCGUUGCACGUACAAAGACUUCCUUCAUUGGGCGAAGCUCCGGGACAUCACUUAUGUAUGAAUUACACUACAAAAGAGAAAAAACAAAAAAUAAUGAGAUUGGGCAAAAAGAAAGAAAAAGAGAAAGAAAACGAGCCAAAGAGUCAAACGGUGGAUGGCGUGACACGUCUUAUCUGUUCUGCGAAAACACACAACAUUCCAUUAAGAGUAAGCAUUGAUGGUACCGAAUGGUAUGGUGUAAAAUUCUUCCAAUUAUCAGCGCAAUGGCAAACACACAUCAAGACGUUUCCAAUAACAUUAUUGGAAUAUAAUCCGCAACAACAGACUUCAAAUGCUACAUAAAUCUAGAUUUCCGUCAUUAUAAUGUGAAGGCUUUUAGCAAUUUACUUACAUAUUUUGUAUUAUCAACGAUAAUACUAAUUGACUCGUUUUAUACGCAAACCCGAUAACCAUCAACUUCUUAAGACUGCCUAGUAAAAAUUAGAUUUUAGCGGAUACUGCAAAUUCCGAUAUAUUCGAGAUAUUACAUUUAUUCCAUUAUUUGGUAAUAGCGAUAGAAGAUAUUUAAAUACCUGGAACAUUCUUACGUUAUACAAAAUGUAUAAUUAUGUGUGAUAAGCGUACAUUGUGUCCGCAAGGUUCAUAUGAUGCAUGUACAUCUUGAAAUUAUUUUAUAAAAUAUAAUUUAUAUACAUGUUUUGUGUAAAUAAUUCAAUUAAUAUAUAAUUUUAUCGCAUCAACAUAAAUUAUAGAAGUUAUGUAUAUUUGUUUGUCGAUACAUCAUAAGCAAUUAAAAGAAUAUGUCCAUUUAUAUAGAGAUUUUGUUGGUUAUGGGAAUGCUAUUAUAUACUGAAAUUUUCGAUUAAUGACGUAUUUUUAUGACAAUACGUUACUCGAUUCAAUACUGAGACAUCUGUAAGUAAAAAGAUUGAGAGAUAUCUCAAAUUUAAGUUUUAUUUAAUGAAAAUAUGAUUUUAAAGAUAAUCAAAUUGUUAUUUUUAUUUUUAUUUAAUAUUAAUGUGUACUAAUCUUUGUCAGUGCCUUGAAUUAUUUCAUUAUUGUCAGUUUGUGAAAAUUAAAAAAAUAAUGAAUUGAUAAUAUCUCAAAAUCUCUCUUAUUUAAAGGUAUUUUAGUUUUCAUUAGGGAGUAAUAAUGUGUUAAAGCAAUUUCAUUGUUUUUUUUUCGGAUAUAAAAUUGUUGUUUGUUCUUGAACAAAGAACAAUUUUAUUACAAAAUUGAUUUACUAAUUUUUUUAUUUGAGUUAUAUGUUAUGCAUAUAUACAACGAGGAUAUGAGAUGUGCAAUCAAUUAAUCAAAAAUAAUCAAAUAAUCAAUUGUUACAAUUUAAUAUUUUGAUAAUUUUGCAAGAUAUCGAAAAAAUUUAAAGUUUAAAAAUGGUUUGGUGGCAUAAAAGAAAAAGAAUAGUUUUGUUUUUUAAAAAAGAUUAGUUAGCUCUGAAAACACUUUGAAUUCUUUUAUCAAAUGAAUAUAUUUUUUUUCUUUUUUUCCCUUUCUGUUCUCUCUUGUAUAAUUGAUGUCAAGAUAAAGAAAAAUAUCUCUUUUCAGUAAUUUUGAAAUAUUCUUGACUUUAAGAAUCUUUUGAUAAUGUGAAAAAACUAAUGUUGCCUGUAAAUUUUGUAGUUUUAUUUCAAAGAAACAAUCACAAAUGAAGAAACAGUAUCACAAAUGAUAUAUCUUUUAUUCUGAUUAACAUUUUUUAUUGAAAUAGUGACUUGUAACAAAUCACAAGAUACAUCAUGCAUAUAUAUAUCAUUGUUUUAUUACAAAUUCUGGAUUUCAGUCUUCAUAAAAUGACAGAAUUCUACAGCCGGAGAUUUUACAGCCAUAGAACGCUAAAACUGAUUCUAUUUUCUUCUAAUUUUUAGUACAAUUCUUUCAGUACAAUUAUGUUGAAUUAUGAUGUCAGGAAAAGAAACACGAGCUCGUAUAAGUAUGGUCUUUUUAAAUUAAUGAUAAUUAUCUAAUGCUAAUUGAUUGCAUUUUGUUUAUAAUAUAUACAUAAGUAAAUACAUAAGUAAAUAUGAACAGUAAAAUAAGUUUAAUGCAAUUUUGCGAAAACAUAUGCAAAAACAGAGGAGAAAAGAACUGUUUUGUAACAAUGUUGAAAUUUUUUUAUUAAAAAAGAAAAUUUGGAAAUCUAUUAUACUGAAAUCCGAAAUUUAAAGUAUAAAACACGCUAUAUAUAACGUUAGAAAGAUGUAUAGAUAUUCUAGAAGAAACGUUAUUGAAGAGGUCUGCACAGGCAAAUAAUUUUUUAGCGCACAAAAUUAGAUGACAUUUUAUAUGUGCGCGAUAUAUGAGAGUGAAAGUUUAAUGGAUACACAAAAAUUAUGAAGAUAAUAAUGAAAUAAGUAAAAAACAAUAUUUUUAAAUAUUCUCUUUUAAAUAUUCUGCUCAUUGCCAGUGGAUCAUUAUCAAUUAUGUUACUAGUUUAAUAUGCGCGCGUGCAUUUGACUUUUCCUAAUAUUUUUGCAUCUUAUUUAAUAAGAUAUCUCUUGUCAAUACAAGAAAAAAAAAUACUUUGUUUAAAAAAUUUAUUGAUUAAGAAUACAUUUUAAUUUUCUUUGUUCAAGAUUUAAUUUAAUUUUCUCAUUAUACUCGCAUUAGUAUAUCAAUUUUUCAUAAAUUUUGCUUCCUUAAAAGACGAGGACAUUGUGAUUUCUCUAUAGCAGAUUACAUAAGAAUUAAUACAUAUACUUUAUAUGUACAUAUAUUUAUUUUAUAGUAGAAAAUUUCUUCCGUUUCUUCAAAAAUCCAUUUAUUGCAUGUUAUUUGUUUAUUUGUGAUUCUUAUACUGGUAAGAUCCAUAUCAGAAAGAUGAUGAAACAUUUUGAAGUAAAAUAAUGUAAAUAUCAUUGCAGAGCAAGCAAAGAGUUUUUUUAAUUCUAUUGAGAAAAACAUCAUGAGUGGAACUGUGUGGCAUACAAUACUAUAUCUUAUCGCAUCAAGUAUGCAAAUAUAUAUACACGUAUAUUUAUUAAUUGAUAUGAAAUUAUAUAAAAUGGUAAAGUAUUGUGCUUUAUACAAUGUAUUUGUGUGUGGUUUAAAUGUAUUAAUAUGUAAUUAUUUUUCUCUAACUGGUUGAGAUUUGAAAAAUUUGAGAUAUUUUAUUUUAAAGUAUCUAUUUACACUGUUGAAAAAUUGAAAUAAUUUAUUUAAAGUUUUUUACACAAAACACGUUUAAUGACAACCAAGUUUUUCAUGUCUCUAGUAAUUACAGAAGAAUAAUUACGCUUUAAAGCGCUUAAACUUAACGCAUUGUACAUAGUUGUUCUCCGAAAGGAUUGAGAGAGAGAGAGUUUACUAUCAAUAACAUAGUCGUGACGAACUUUCUGACUUCUUUCCUUUUUUGAUUUAAUAAAAAAAGCAACAGUAUAAUAGAUAAUACUGUUCGUAGCGACAUAGUUGUCGCAUUGACUGCCUAAUGCCAAAUUAAAAGAACAGAAAUACCUACUCGAUUUGUGUCCGAAUGUUAAAAAAAAAAUAAAUAAAUAAAAAAAAGAGAAAAGAAAAUACUCUCUCUUUAUAAUGACGUCCUGUAAAUGUGCGAUUAAAACAAUGGCACCGAUGUGAUGAUCGUAUCUCUUGCCAAAGUAUAUACAUAGCAAAAUGUCUCCAUGUUUGCGUUCCCCUUUGCUAGUCUGCACAAUUAGCUGUUAGCGUAUUUCGAUUGAUAUGACAUAGUCAUAUAUUUAACAUAUUUUCUGGCUGAUGAGACAAAAAAACAAUACCGUUCAUCUCCAGGACCACCGAUUAAUAAUAAAAAUAAUAAACUCUAACAUUGAUAGAAUAAUGUAUGCAUGAGAUAACACGUGGCCAUAACAAUAUAGUCUUUGAAAAUAAAAUUUACUUAACCAUAUCAAUAAUUGAUUACAAAAACGCAUCAUUAAUGGGAUUUGUCGAAUUAUACUUUCGUAAGAAAGAGAACUAUUAAAAAAACUGUUAUAUUGCGUAUUGCAUGUAUCUUCGAAGGGGAAAUAUACUUGUUUUAUCGAGCAUACUGGAAGGAAGUCAGCAAUUAUAUAUAUAUAUAUAUAUAUAUAUAUAUAUAUAUAUAUAUAUAUAUAUAUAUAAUCUUAUAUAUUCUUCAGUUUCCAAAAACAAAAUAUUGCAUAUCGAUAGACUCGAGAUUUUUUAUAUUUAUUUGUUAUUUUUUAAUGUCUCGUAUAACGUUUUCGUUUUAUGGCAUCUUUUCAUGAUGUUCUUUACUUAAUCACUGCAUGCAAUUUUUUUUAAAACUUUAUUCUCUAAGGAUGCCAAAUCGAUUUGCUGCACGUUAACGCAUCCAGUAUUUAGGGGACAUAGCGUUUAGAUGAAUCAAGCAAAGUUAAAUUAUGGAAAUAAAUUUGCAAAUUGGUAGUGUAAAAUUAAGAAUUCUCUCGUCGACUGCUCUUGAUUCAUUUACUUUUGCGAAAUACAUACAGGUUGAGCAUUUACAGAGAAAGGAAUUAUCGAUCUUAAUUGAUCACUCUCUAUACAUGCGUUUUGCGCUUCCAAACUUUGUAAAUGCGAUACCAAAGAUAUAUUUAAAGAAUGUGGUUCGAAACUAUAUAUAUAUAUAUAUAUAUAUAUAUAUAUAUAUAUAUAUAUAUACGUACGCGUUAGAUUUCAAAUUCUAGUCAAAAUAUGAGAAUGAGUUUCAUUGCGUACGAUCAUCAGCAUGUAAUUGUAUCGUAGUUUCGUCGCGAAAAAUUCUCACUGUCACUUUGCAUACAUCGAGUUUAUCGCGUACGUACAGAUCGGCUCAAAGCUUACAAUAAUUACAAGAAGUAAUAUAUAUUAAAAUUCUUCAGUAAAAAAUAAAGAAAGAAAAAUUAUUAGAUGGCGUUCGUCUUUUAGAAUCCUAAACAUCUUUAUCGUGCUUAUUAUACGCGACAUCAUAUAUAUAUAUAUAUACACUUUACAUAAAUUAUUGUCGCGAUACUUGCAAAGAAUUGAAGAAUCAAUGAGAUUUGUGAAACGAAAGAAAACUCAGUUUAACGUUAAAUAAAUAUAGUAACAAAAUUGAAACAAUUAAAUUUUUGUAUCCACAAAAUCUUGUUCUAUUCAAGAACUAUACGCGAAUAAUGUUUGAUCCAUCAAAUCUAAGAGCGAACAUUAUAAACGUGCGUGAAAAUCUAUUUCAUUGCACCGCGCAACUAUCUGCGUGUGAAUAUCGAGUAUUAAUAUAUGGAUACGUGUAAAAUAAAAGAGAAAAGAAACAAAAAAAGUAACAUGUUGAAAUAAUUUGAUGUUUGACAAAAGAGUCAAAUACACUGUUUAUUGUUUAAGAAAAGGCUUUUCAAAUGUUUAUACUGAUAUGCUCUGCAGAGUAGUAUACAGCUUAUAAACGUAGAAUAUGUGUAUGAGAGUAAUAUGCGUGUCUCUCAGCACUUCAUAAUAAAUUUAUCCACUACAUUAGUGUACAUGUGAAAUAUUUAUAUUAUAUCAUUUUGAAGUAUUCGCGUACUUUAUGUAAGAUUUAACAAGUUCAGAGUGAAUGUGUAGGAGAGACAGAGAAAGAGAAAGAGCGAUAUCUAUAAACUUGAUAUAAAUGUAUUAUGAGGCAAAUUGAGAAUAGACAAAUAGAUAAUUAUUCAUCGUUCAAUGUAGAGAAAUGUUGAAACGUUUAGCAUUGCAGCUUUUCGAAGUUACACAUUUGAUGAACAAGAUCAAAAGCCGCAAAUUCCGAGAAAGGCUGAAAUAAAUUUAUAUAAAUCAUAGCUUUUUUGUCCGCCUUAUUUAUCUGUAAAAUCCCACAUUGUUCGACAGGAUAAAUAUUAAACUUAUGUUGUAUAUAUAUUGCUGCAGAUUUUUUCUUGUGCAUUCGGUAAAGUUUCUGCACAAAAAAAAAAAUUUGAGAAAAAAAGAUGAGUUAUAAAUUUUAAAUUCGUGGAAUAAAAAAUAUUUCCUUUAAAAAACUUUUCCAUAAUUUUAUCUCGAUAUUUUCAUGCAAAAUAAUCAGAUGAAUCAAAUUGUAUAAAGAGAAUUUUAUCUCUUCCUAUUAAAAAGAAAAGAUUAUGUUGCAAUCUCGGAAUUGUUUUGUAAAAUAAAACAAUAAUAUAAUUUCCAUUAUUUUCAAAUAUUAAAGUUACGUGAAAUAUUAUAUAUACAUAAUAUUGAACUGUCAAUUUAAGAAUUUAAAAAUAGAUUUCAAAAAAUAAUAUUUUUAUUCCACAUUUUAUAAUAUAUUAAAAAUAUAGAUAAAAACUCUUUGUCAGAAGUAUUAUUUUAUUUAAUAUUAUGAUUUCCAUACAAUCUCAAGUGCUAUUUAGCAUAUCAAUAAUAGCAAUAUUUCUGAUAUAAAUUUUUUUCCGAUUGAGAUGUGAUGCUUCUUAGUGUAAAAUGGAUCGAUACAACUUAAUCAGACUGGCAAAAAUAGAUUCUUAUAUCAAGUGGAGUAUAUAAAUAAAAUAUUAGAUAUAAAAAGAAAUGAUAUAAUAACAACGAAGUAAAAAUGUACUCUGCUGGUAUAUACACAAUUUAUAAUUCUAAAACAUUGGUGUAAAGUUAGCACAAUUGUGUGUCAUAUUAGAGAAAUGUAUAUAUAUGUACACUGAUAUAUUUUGUAAGGAAGGUAGAGUUUCUAGAUUUAAUCGUUGCACAUUAAUUUUGCAAUGUAUAAAUAAACUUUUUUUCUCAUAGACACGAUACAGAAAAAUCGUAUGACUGCUCGUGUUUUCUUAUUCGAAUAUAGCACCAAUUGUAUCCAAUACAUGUCAUUACAUAUAGUAUGCAAUGUAUACUUUACAAAAUACAUUAUAUACGAGCGAUUUAAUUUUAAUUUUAUACACGUUAUACAAAUUCAUUGUUUCUUCGGGGUUAAAAAAAUUAAAUGCAAUUAAUAAAUAACAUAAAUAUGCGUGAGCAUUUAUAACAAACGGUAACAAUAACUAACGUCCUAAUAAUAUAAAUAUUGCAUUUUACAUACGUCGCAUAUGCGUAUAAAUUAUAAUUAGCACAUAACAAAAAAUCUCUUGUAUGUGUAUCUUUACAUUACAACAUGAUUCUUUAAACAAUUUUAAAAGUGAAUAGAAUAUGUAGAGCAUUGAUUUAAAGCAUUAUUAUUAUUAGUUGUUAUAUACUCUGUGCUCUUCUCUCAUUCAUCUUCUUAAAUAGACGAUGAAUUAAAUAAUUCAUCAUCUUUCGUAAAAUGAUGUGGAAACUAUAGAACUCGUGAUGUGAUAACGGAAGACAUUAUUCUCUUACACUUUUACAUAUAUCGCAUUACAUUAGUAUAAAUUCCUGCACGGAUAUUUAUUUUUUUUUAUACUAUCCAAAUAAUAUAAACGUUUAAGGACGCCACACCUUAAAAGUGCUUACAUAGAAAACAUCCCAAUCUUCUCGACAUCUUUUAAUCACUUGUAUUGUCUGGAUGCAUAUAUCUGAAGCGUAUUUAAAAAAAGAAAGAAGGUCUAUAUAUAUAUCCUCAUAUCUUCAGAAUAUUUUGAUUAUGAUGCAAUAAUAAAUAGAAGCUUAAAAAUUG